GAAGCUUCUGGUGACGUUGUCGGAUGCUUAAUCCUGAAUGACGCCCCACCGAUUUCACUUGUUAAAGGAAUAUAUGGAGGUGAUUGGCUGAAGACAACAUUUAAGUUUGAGUAUCUUAAUACGCUCAACACCAUGUUUAUCCAACUGAUCGUUAUCAGAGAUGAUUACAAAAAACGUGGAUUUGUUGACAUUAUUCGCGCUGCUUUUCGGGAACUUGCCGAUGUAAAUCACUUUUUGCUGUUGGUCCCUGAAGCUACAAAUUAUGAUGAAUUUGACGAGUCACUUCCCGAAAAUAUUCUUCGGAUGAGGUUUUCAAGUUUUAUCUCCACGGAAAUCAAGCCAGUAUUUUCAAAACUACUAACCACCGAGGAAGAACAAUGUGUGCUAAAGUGGGAUGUUGUUCACUUUAUACGUCGUGACUUUGACUCAGCCCUGCACUGUCGACUUGCCAGUGUAAAAGAUAACGACGACUUGACACCAAUAUUCAACUCAAAGAGUGAUACUCUCCGCAAAAUUUAUGGAGAAUUUUACAUAUCUGAGUUAGUUGAGGCUCAAAAUAAGAAUAUGAAAGCAAUUGUCUUGGAGUCGAACAAGACAGGACAUGCUGUUGGAUUUAUGAAUGCCACCACACUGUACAAUGCUGAUUUCCUGAAUAGAGAGUAUGAUCUGCGUUUCUGUAAUUAUCUUCAAAAAAACGGAUUGCGGGAUACAUCGAAAUUUCCAAAACCUGCAUCUCUCAUAAAAUUACAAAUUGAUUUGCCUGUUACUGAUGUUGACUUAACAGAAUCCGAUAAUCAAACCGAAGUUUUAACGGAAAUCUCAAAAAAAUCACACGCAGAUGCUUCGUCAAUGGCUUUUCGUGAGGAAAUUGAUCCCAAUUCAGAUGGAAAUCCCACAACGUUGUCUACUGAUGAUCUGCGCUCAACUAUUCUUUCGGAUUCGUUUUCGGUAGAUAAGGACACGAGAUUGGCUUACGUUUCAUCGGGAAAUUGGAUUCGGCGUCAUUUAAGAGGAUACUUUGGCGUUAGUUCUUCUCAGGACACUGAGCGAAACGCUUACCCUUGUGAUGAUAAUAACGCGUUUGUUAUCCAAUUAUAUGGUUUGCUUCCCGAAUUCGAUACGCGUGCGAAGGACUUUUUGCCAUUCAUGUUUGAUCAAUUUCCUGGCAUUGAUUAUGCAGCCAUAACAGUUCCAAGGCUAGAUCCUGAAACGACCUUGCUGCAGAACUUUUACAGAGUGCGACCUCGGACUGGUUCUAUAGUUGCUCAAGACCUAUACAUUUAUCAUCGGGCAAACCUAAUAAGUGAUUUUCAAGUGAGACCAGCCGUCCGGGUAGACCUUCCCGAUAUUUUGGAGUUGGCUAAUCAGAUGCAUCCAUUCGAUCGAAAACUUUUUGCAAAAGAUGUAAAAAAUUACAUGAAACUGGGUUGCGAAUCAGAUGGAACUCCAUUAUUCUGCUAUGUGGCAUUGUGCUUGCGUAAAAUCGUGGGCGUGCUUUUUGCUCGAGCUGAAGUGCACAUUGAUUGGCUGAAAGCAAAUUACGAUUUAGAAGAAUACAUAUAUUUCGCACAACACGGAGGACAUGAAUUUGCUACUUUAAUUCAUUUUGUGCUCUCCUUGACUGUUCACUCCCGAGCUCGGUUUUUUUUGCGCGAGGUGAUGCGGCAGUCUGGAAAGACAUGCUUCUUCUACUUCAUCUACCCACCAUUCGCUAUGGACACAAAGCUGAAGAUGAACACACCACUUUCAUGUUUGGGGGAUUUUUACGCGGUGCAGCCGCGGCGUCAAAUAGUGUAUCCUUCGGAGUUAGUGAAGGGAGAGAAAGGUCCACAGAAUCGCAUUCUUAGCUGCCCUCUCGAUGAUCCACCGCCAGCUGUCUAUCAUAUUUCGCGAAAUCUUAUCAUGGAGCCCAAGAUUGUGCUUAAUACGCGCAUUGUCGUCGUUGGUGCCUCAUCUACUAGUCUAGCCUUCCUAGAGCGUCUGACUUUCGCAUCUCACAUUCGUUUCAAUAACAUCGUUUUGCUAUCUCCUCAUGGUAUUCCUGGGGAUACCGAAGCUUCAGAGAACCAUCGCGUUCCCCUCUUCUAUCCAGCACGUUACAUGCAAGAUCGGCGGCGUCUGGGUCAGAUUUCAUUGCAUACCCUAGUGAAUAUUAUCUUGGGUACACUCACGGCAAUCGACAGGCGAGUUCGUUUUCGCCAACUCAUCCAAAAUCGGAAAGCCAUCAUGAUUGAUGGAUCCCGUGAGAUGCCUUACGACUUUCUCAUUUUGUCGCCUGGAAUGCAAUAUCAUCCACCAACUCCAGUUGGAACCGAUCCAAAAUUCGUUGCUGAGAAGCAUUGCAAGAAUCUGUGCGACCCUAUUAUGAAUUAUACCAAAAAUAAGCCCAAGAAUCUUUUCCUCUUGAAUGACGAGCACAGUACAGUCGAAGCUAUUGAGUACGUGGAGAAGAAUCUCAUGCCGGAUACGUCUAACGAGAGGCAUUUGUCUCGAAAACAAAGCCUUCAGACAGAUAUGCUUUUGGAGGAUCCAUGUUCGGAGAAGAAGCAGAAGCACAGUCCCGAAGAGGGUCCCAUAAUCAUUUUUGGUGAUUGUUUGGACGCCUAUGCUUGUGUUCAUGGGCUUCUCCACAUGGGAGUCCCUAGCAUCCGCAUCAUUAUGAUGCAUCCUUUCAAGAAAAACGAUACAAACGACAUUGAUGAGCAGUUGAAGACUAAGACGAAACCCCAGUGCCAUUCGUUGACAUCUGCUUUUGACGAUUAUACGGUGGAAGCUGCUGUUCAUGAGGAAAUGGAAAACUCUGGUGUCCGCAUAUUCAAGCGUUGUGCCUUCCUGCAUUGGAAUGAUGAUCCAACUGCCGUCUAUGUGAAAGAAAUUGAAGAUGUCACCUUCAUUAUUCAGGGCCUAGAAAAACGCAUUCGAUGUGUUGCCUUCUUUUCAUUUGUCGACAGGAAAAUCGACUACACUUUCUUUAAAGCCGUCAAUGAUGCCUGUCUGGUUUUUGACAAACAAUUGGUUAUUGAUGCUAACUUCCACACUAGUGACCCUUGCAUCCGAGCAGCAGGACCGGCAACAAAAUUCCAUCGAAUUUGCUACAAUGACAAAUACACUCAUGCUCUCUUCAAUAGUCUGGAAGUUGGUAAAAAGCUAGGAGACGCCUUCCUGAAAGAGUUUGAUCCCAGUACUGAGAUGCCUAAAACCCCGGCCAAAGACGAGCUCCAUUUACUGCCUGAGUUCAAAAUGCCCCGUAUAGCAUACGCCGUGCUCCCCGGGGGUUACACAUUCCUCAAGAUCUGGGAACCUGGUUACAAAAAGAACACUCUUCUUAGAAUGCGAGAACUAGACUCCAACAAAAAUCUACCCCGUAGGUUCUUCGAAGAGCCAUGGGCAAUGACUCUAUUUCAUGACCGCUUUGAAGAACUUAGAGAAGAAAUACACGAGCUCGGCUGCAACGCUAGGGAGACGGAAGCGGCACCUCUUAUCGACUUCAUUCGGUCACUCCAAGAGCCCUGCAAGAAGGUGAGUUCAUGCACCAAAAGUCGGACUAUAUCUCUUCCCAAAUGCCAGCCAGCAACUAGAAUUUUAAUGUCAAGAGAAGCAUUUGAAAGGAUUCAUUACGAGCACCUAUCAAAAGGCCAUAAAUAUGAAGUGGAGAAGAAAACCAUCAACUUCGUCACCAAUAAUUACGACCUUUUACCAAUGUAUGCAAAACCGGAUAUGGUUAAAAAAGUUCGUUAG